AUGUGCCCAGUGGCUGCUAGCGCAGGCCGCGGUGGUCUGGGUGAAACGGUCACCUUUGGCUCUCUUGAAGUGCCACAUAAAGACUUCACCACGUUGGUUCAGAUGCUUGUAUCUUUGAUUUCCAUCCUGGAAGGUGGACCAGAACUGAGGGGCUCUCAAGGUUCCUACGUCACCCCCCGUCUUAGGCCACCCUGCCAAACACCGUGUUGCCCAGGGUGGCUGUCCACCAGGUCAACCGCGCUUGCUCAAUGCUUAUGUGCCUCUGGUGAUUCCAAUACGGCGCCCACCUACACCCCACAGAAUGCUGGUGGUAUGAACGUGGCUCCCCACACAGACGGCCAUUUUCCUUUGGGUCACACAGAGGUGCAAUCGACUGCCAGUGUCAAUUUUCCAGCUGGUGCAGUAUGGGCACCAGCGGGACGCACACGACCCUUGUGGUGCUCGGGUACUCAACAGUCUGGACCAUACCUCAGACCCCCUUCCCUGGGCUCGGGAUGGCACAAAUCCGGUACGCGAGGCGGCAGCGUCCGCGCGGUACGAUGUAGAUGUUUUGUGAUCUUCCCAUCCGGAUUCUUCUUCCGGGGAGGACAAGUGUUUAUGUCGCCUUUUGGCGGAUUCCGACAACAAACCAGGUUCACCUGGUCCUUCAGUCACAAGCUGACUGAAGGCGUUCCGGAAGCUCUUUGUCUCCUAGCAGCUUGCUUAGGUGCUCAUACCGCCUCUUCAUCUUCUAACCCUGGUUCCAAUCCGGGUCCGCAAUUGCCUUCCAACCGGGAUGCAGCAAUCACCCCCAAAGGCAAUGUGUCACCAGCUAAGCGACGUAGGGAUACUUUUGAACUCCCCCUGACUCAAAAGCAAAUGUGCCUCAGUCAAGAAAGCCAAUUGGAGGAAGUUGAUGAACUUGAAGAGAUUUCUGUGGGAUCGAGUGAAACACGACCCCAGGCAAACCCAGGUGGUAAGGCCAAAAACCCUUCAACUUGCCCCGCGGUGAAGAAAGCAGGGGUGAAAUUCUCGACAAACCCACCGGGGAGUCAUCUGCUUAACCCACCAACCAAGGGAGACGAGUUCAAUCGCUGGAACCCACUACCUCCCACUUGCUGA